GCCCGGCGCAUGCGCGGCGGCGGCGGACGCGGCGCGUGGCAGGAAGCGGAAGGGGGCGGCGGCGCUCGGAGCCUGACGUGUCCCUCCCGCCGCGGCCGCCGCUCGCUGCUGCUCGCCCGGCGCCGCCAUGGGCAUAAAAUUUCUUGAAGUGAUCAAGCCCUUCUGUGUUAUCUUGCCUGAAAUUCAAAAGCCAGAACGGAAGAUUCAGUUUAAGGAAAAGGUACUAUGGACAGCUAUCACACUCUUCAUCUUCUUAGUAUGCUGCCAGAUUCCCUUGUUUGGCAUUAUGUCAUCAGACUCUGCAGAUCCUUUCUACUGGAUGAGAGUGAUUUUGGCAUCAAAUAGAGGAACAUUGAUGGAGCUGGGCAUUUCACCCAUUGUCACCUCAGGGCUCAUCAUGCAACUCUUGGCAGGUGCUAAGAUAAUUGAGGUUGGUGACACCCCAAAGGACAGAGCUCUCUUCAAUGGAGCUCAGAAAUUGUUUGGAAUGAUCAUUACCAUUGGACAGUCCAUUGUGUAUGUAAUGACUGGAAUGUACGGAGACCCAUCUGAGAUGGGUGCUGGUAUCUGCUUGCUUAUCACAAUCCAGCUUUUUGUUGCUGGUUUGAUAGUUCUGCUCUUGGAUGAGCUGCUUCAGAAAGGAUAUGGUCUUGGUUCUGGCAUCUCUCUCUUCAUUGCUACCAAUAUUUGUGAGACCAUUGUGUGGAAAGCAUUCAGCCCCACCACAGUGAACACUGGGCGAGGCAUGGAGUUUGAGGGAGCCAUCAUUGCUCUGUUCCAUCUUCUGGCUACUCGCACAGACAAAGUCCGAGCUCUUCGUGAGGCCUUUUACCGUCAGAACCUUCCCAACCUCAUGAAUCUGAUUGCCACCAUCUUUGUCUUUGCAAUUGUCAUUUACUUCCAGGGCUUCAGAGUGGAUCUUCCUAUCAAAUCUGCUCGCUACCGGGGCCAGUACAACACCUACCCCAUCAAGUUGUUCUACACUUCCAACAUUCCCAUUAUUCUCCAGUCUGCCCUGGUGUCAAACCUGUAUGUCAUCUCCCAGAUGCUUUCUGCCCGCUUCAGUGGCAACUUGCUGGUCAGCCUGCUGGGCACCUGGUCUGACACAUCAUCUGGAGGCCCUGCUCGUGCUUAUCCAGUUGGUGGACUCUGUUACUACCUGUCACCUCCAGAGUCCUUUUCUUCGGUGUUGGAAGACCCUGUACAUGCAGUUGUUUAUAUUGUAUUUAUGCUGGGCUCCUGUGCUUUCUUCUCUAAGACAUGGAUUGAAGUCUCUGGCUCCUCUGCCAAAGAUGUUGCCAAGCAAUUGAAAGAACAGCAAAUGGUAAUGCGAGGUCACAGAGAAACUUCAAUGGUACAUGAACUCAACAGGUACAUCCCUACAGCUGCUGCCUUUGGUGGGCUCUGUAUCGGUGCCCUCUCUGUGCUGGCAGACUUCCUUGGAGCAAUUGGCUCUGGAACUGGAAUUCUGCUCGCUGUCACCAUCAUUUAUCAGUACUUUGAAAUUUUUGUAAAGGAACAGAGUGAAGUUGGCAGUAUGGGAGCUCUUCUUUUCUAAACCUAGUUUCUCAUGGACCCAGGAAAGAGAGGAGGGACAUUCUCAAAGUGUAGCCAGUCAGGGGAAAAGAAGUAUCAUAAACUUGAUAGUGUCAUUCUAUAGAAACACAUAUUUUAAUAAUGUUUCCAAAGCACAUUCCCUUAUGUUCAAACUUUUCUAGCAUACAGUUUUGCAUUUUAUAAAUUGAUGAGGAAGAUGUGCAAAAAAUUUUUUUAAGAAAAUUGUUUUUUAAUUAUGUGUUAGGAGAGUCAGCUUUCUGACUUGGAUUUAGUUCAAUGACUCCUGAAAAUUUUUUGAGCCCCUUUCACAUUUAGUAACCUGAAGCCUUUACAGGUUUUAAUUAAUAUUUGUUAAAUGAAUAUUUGGAAGGGAUUUUUUUUCCAUUUAACUUGUUUUUGCAGCUCCUUUGCAGUAAUGGUGAAAAAAAUCUCUCCAUCUGAUGCUCAAGUUCCAUAAUUACGGUUGUAAGCACAAAUGGUGUUUCAUGUGUUAGGGGUUUUUUUCCAGUGUGGCAGAUUUGAAAGGCAGUUUUUUCUUUUUACUACAAUACAAUAUCUAUAAUUCCAAAUGUUUUGUCUUGUAAUUACUACACUAGACUUUGUCAGCUGUUGAGUGUUGGCUUGAGACUGUUUUCAAGUUUCUGUGUAAGAAAGGAAUGUGUCCUUUCCCACCACCUCUCCUCCACAAGCAGAAAACUCAGGUAAAUCUAGAUUCUGCCAGAACCUGUGCCUAAGAGUUGCUACUUUGAAACUUGGUUAAACCGACUUUGUAAAGCCUUCUGAUUAGUCUUUAUUGCCAUUCGUGGCUGUGCUUCUAGUUCUGAUGCCAGCUGAAGGAAUGAGUGUUAUGGCUGCUUAGAUGCAAAUCUGCUUGUGCUCCUUGCUAGAGUGAAGUUUCUCUCCUUGAUAAUGCAUUCUGGUCUCGUAGCAAUCAGGAUGUUAUCUGAUUACUCAUAUCUAGUGAAUUUUGAGUCUCAUUACCACAAAAGAGUGGAAAGAAUGGAUGCUGCUUGUCUGUUUCUGUAGAUCUAGAUACGAAACCCUUGUCAGAUAAUUCCACUAAGGGGCUUAUGUAGAAGGCUUUUCCAUCCUGUAAUCUCAUGGAUUUGAGUGGUACAUAGGAAAGUACUCUUUCAGAAGGUAUUGGGAUUCCUUUUUUGAACAUCACACCCUCAAAAUGGAGAGUUUACAGUUAAGGCUGUAAUGGACCAGAAUAAAACUUAAUUUUCCAUUUUAAUUUAGGUUGUCAGUACUAAUCAGGUGCCUAGGACCAAAUGCAAAUAUUAUAUAGUGUAUGAGUCUUGUAAAUACACUUCUCCUCAAUCAGUAUUGGACAACAUGGAAACCAGAAGGAGGAGUUGUGGCUGCUGGAACUUUUCUUUACACUGCAUCAACAUGCCUUCUGUGCAUUUUGCAUGUUGGGCAGACAGUCUGUGAGUCACUGUUCCUGCUGGAGUGGUGGGACUCUGUUACACACCCAAGGAGCACAGAUGACAUCCAGAAACCCUUGUUAAUACCCUGAGCUCAGAUACCAAACACGUGGGAAAUCUGCAAAAGUGGAAUGAGAUGCACCUGUCAAUGAAAGUCAAAUGCCUGGGAUGAGGAUCACAAUUGGAAAAGGAAUAAAAGAAUUGGAAUGAAGUAUCCAUGAAAUGGUCACUGUCAGCCAUUCACUAUGAUGUCGCGUUAUGUUCAAUAAUUUUUCUGGUUUUUAUGAAGUACUAAUGCACCACAACACAACUGUGAUGUGAAAUGGGGACAGUUAAAAAGUGGCAUUAUAAGGAGAGGGAAAGGGUUCUGAUACAAUUCUGCUUUGGGGAUUUUUUUGUUGUUGUUUUUCCAGGAAGCCCAAUACAAACUUUAUUUUACUAUAAAGGACUCCACUUCUGUGCAUGCUGCUCUGGCUGGGCUGGAGCUGUUCUUGUCAUUUUGGCCAUAUCUGUUUGGGCUGGUUGCAGUUUAGUCCAUUUGCUCUUUGGUAUCUAAGCAGCACUUGUUCUGUGCAUCUGUAUUUUUGUGGUCUAGUGGUGAAUCUUUGUUAUCAAACAGCUGUGUCCUCAAAGCAGAACCUGCUGGCCAUACAAUGGAUGUUCACAAAAAGAAAUAAUGCCUAUAAAAUCUGCUUUAUAAUGAAAUAAAGUACAUCUUUGGAGCUAGUGCUUGGCUUUUGGUGCUUGGAUACUGUUAAAUUUUAACACUUGUAGAAUAAGGGUACCCACCUAUGAGACUGACAAAAAGUGGUACCCUCAAAACUCCUGAUCAGCGUGUCAGUGUGAAAUAAAGACAAUUUGUAUUUGC